AUGGCUCUUCCCCAGCACCAGUUUCAACAACACUACCAACCUCAACAACAACAACAAUCUAAAAAUUUGAGGAAUUUAUACGCAAUCGACAGCCAGAUUUCUCCUGCAGUGGCGUAUUUUAAUCCCUCUAUAGUGCAAGAUCAGUCUCAGCAUCCGCCAUAUGUUCCUCCUUUUCAUGUGGUGGGGUUUGCCCCGGGUCCAGCUCCGGGUCCUGUGAAUGAUGGCAGUGAUGGGGGACUUGAAUUGCAAUGGAAUUAUGGACUGGAACCCAAGAGAAAGAGAUUGAAGGAGCAAGAUUUUUGGAGAACAAUUCCCAGAUUUCGGUUGUCUCUUGACAAUACUCGUGUUUCAUCUUCCGGUGACUCGGCUUUGUUAUCGCUUAUUGGCGAUGAUAUUGAUAGUGAAUUACAGCGACAGGAUAUGGAGGUUGAUAAAUUCCUCAAAAUUCAGGGUGACCGACUUCGGCAAACUAUCCUAGAGAAGGUCCAAGCUGACCAACUUCAAACAAUCUCACUUGUGGAAGAGAAGGUUCUUCAAAAACUUCGUGAGAAAGAAGCAGAGGUGGAGAGCAUUAAUAAGAAAAACAUGGAACUUGAAGAGCGAAUGGAACAGUUGUCUAUGGAAGCAGGUGCAUGGCAGCAACGGGCCAGAUACAAUGAAAACAUGAUAAAUGCCCUCAAGCUUAAUAUUCAGCAAGUCUAUGCUCAAAGUAGAGAUAGUAAAGAAGGGUGUGGUGAUAGCGAGGUGGAUGAUACAGCAUCAUGCUGCAAUGGCCGUGCCAUUGAUUUUCAACUGCUUUGCAAGGACGAUAAUGACAUGAAGGAGCUGAUGACUUGUAAGGUUUGCAGAGUCAAUGAAGUUUGCAUGCUUUUGUUACCUUGUAAGCAUCUCUGCCUCUGUAAGGAUUGUGAAAGUAAGCUUAGUUUUUGUCCCCUGUGUCAGUCCUCCAAGUUCAUUGGCAUGGAAGUCUAUAUGUAA